AUGUCUGAUGAUCGUUUCUCCUUCCCAAGGGAAGAAGAGAAGAUGCUUGAAAAGUGGGACGAGUUAAACGCUUUUCAAAGAUCUCUUGAGUUGACUGAAGGCUUACCAUCGUUUGCAUUUUUCGAUGGGCCACCAUUUGCCACAGGUACUCCUCAUUAUGGGCAUCUUUUGGCUUCCACUGUGAAGGAUAUUAUCCCCAGAUAUGCCACCAUGAACGGUCACCAUGUAGAAAGACGUUUUGGUUGGGAUACUCACGGUUUACCAGUUGAAUACGAAAUUGACAAGAAAUUGGGUAUCACUGGAAAGGACGACGUUAUGAAGUUGGGUAUUGACAAGUAUAACAAUGAAUGUAGAGCUAUUGUCAUGAGAUACGCUGACGAAUGGAGAAGAACCAUCAGAAGAAUGGCCAGAUGGAUCGAUAUGGAUAACGAUUACAAGACCUUGUACCCUGAAUUCAUGGAAUCCUGUUGGUGGGCAUUCAAGGAGUUGUUCAAGAAGGACCAAGUUUACAAGGGAUUGAGAGUCAUGCCUUACUCCACUGGCUUAACUACUCCAUUGUCUAAUUUCGAAGCUUCUCAAAAUUAUAAGGAUGUCAACGAUCCAUGUGUAACCAUUGGUUUCCCAAUUGUAGGUGACGAGAACACCUGGUUGGUAGCAUGGACCACUACUCCAUGGACUUUACCUUCCAAUAUCGGUUUGGCCGUCCACCCAGAACUUGAGUAUGUUAAGAUAUUUGACGAAGAAAAGCAAAGAAACUAUAUCUUGAUCGAAUCUUUAUUGAAGACAUUGUACAAGAAGCCACAACUGGUUAAGUACAAGGUUGUAGAUAGAUUCAAGGGUAAAACCUUGGAAAAUGUCAAGUAUGUGCCAAUCUUCGACUAUUUCUACGAAGACUUUAAGGACUACGGGUUCAAGGUCAUUGUAGCCGAUUUUGUAUCUGCUGAAUCUGGUACUGGUAUUGUUCAUCAAUCUCCAGCCUUCGGUGAAAUCGAUUUCGAAGCUUCUACUGCUGCUGGUGUCAUUAAUGAAAAGAGACCACCACCAAACCCAGUUGAUGACCAAGGUAAAUUUACUAACGAAGUCCCUGACUUCAAAGGUAUUUAUGUCAAGGAUGCUGACAAGUUGAUUAUAAAGAAAUUGACGGAAAAUGGAAGAUUAUUAUUAGCUAGUCAAAUUAACCAUAGUUAUCCAUUCUGUUGGAGAUCUGAUACUCCAUUGUUAUACAGAACUGUUCCAGCUUGGUUCGUUCGUAUUACUAACAUUGUACCAGACAUGUUAAAAAACAUUGAAGAUACUAACUGGGUUCCUGGACACGUUAGAUCCAAGAGAUUUACUAAUUGGAUUGCCAACGCCAGAGACUGGAAUAUUUCCAGAAACAGAUACUGGGGUACCCCAAUCCCAUUGUGGAUCAGUGAAGAUGGACAAGAAAUUGUUUGUGUUGGAUCUAUUGAAGAAUUGAGAGAAUUAUCGGGAGAUAACACUAUCACUGAUAUCCAUCGUGAUAGCAUUGACCAUAUUACUAUCCCUUCAAGACAAGGUAAGGGCCAAUUAAAGAGAAUUGAAGAAGUUUUCGAUUGUUGGUUCGAAUCUGGUAGUAUGCCGUAUGCUUCAAAGCAUUACCCAUUCGAAGAAAAGACUGAUGGUAAUGCUUCUUUUAACAAUGCAUUCCCAGCUAAUUUCAUUUCUGAAGGUUUAGAUCAAACUAGAGGUUGGUUUUACACAUUAACUGUUUUGGGAACUCAUUUAUUCAACACUGCCCCUUAUAAAAAUGUUAUUGUGUCAGGAAUUGUAUUGGCAAGUGAUGGUAAGAAGAUGUCCAAGAGAUUAAAGAAUUACCCAGAUCCUAACAUUAUGUUGGAAAAAUAUGGAGCUGAUGCUUUGAGAUUGUACAUGAUCAAUUCCCCAGUGCUUAGAGCUGAAACCUUGAAAUUCAGAGAAGAAGGUGUUAAGGAUGUUGUUGCAACCGUCUUGUUACCAUGGUACAACUCUUACAACUUCUUGAAGGACUCUAUUGAUGUUUUCAGAAAGGAUCAAGGUGUUGACUUCCAAUACAACUCCAAGUUGAGAUCCACUAACGUUUUUGACAGAUGGAUUUUAGCUUCAUUGCAAUCUUUAAUUAAAUUUAUUCACGAAGAAAUGCAAGGCUACAGAUUAUAUACUGUUGUCCCAAGACUUUUAUCAUUCAUCUCUUUAUUGACUAACUGGUACAUUAGAUUGAAUAGAUCAAGACUCAAGGGAUCAUCAAACGAUGUGGAUGACACCAAGAAGGCUCUCAACACAUUAUGCGAAGCUUUAUUCACCCUUAACAGAGCAAUGGCUCCUUUCACCCCUUACCUUGCAGAAAACUUGUAUCAAAGAAUGAAAUCUUACUUCCCAAUUGAAGAAUUAGAAUCUCUUUGUCUUAACCCUGCUAAGGCUAAGGAUACUGGAUCUAUCCAUUUCUUGCACUACCCAGAAGCAAAAGAAGAAUUAUUCGAUGAAAAGAUCGAAAUCGCCGUCGGAAGAAUGCAAAAGGUUAUUGAUUUGGGCCGUAACAUCAGAGAAAGUAAGACUAUAUCCUUGAAGACUCCAUUAAAGGAAUUGAUCAUUUUACAUUCCGACCCAUCAUACUUAGAAGAUGUUGAAUCAUUGAAGACCUACAUUGUUGAUGAAUUAAACGUCAGAAACUUAGUCAUUACUUCGGACGAGGUUAAAUAUGGUGUCCAAUACACUGCUGUUGCCGACUGGCCUGUCUUAGGAAAGAAGUUGAAGAAGGAUGCUAAGGUUGUCAAAGCAGCUUUACCAAAUGUUACUUCAAAUGAAGUUCAAGAAUUUGUGAAGUCUGGUAAGAUUACUGUAGCAGGUAUUGAUUUGGUGACGGAAGAUUUACAAGUUCAAAGAGGUUUACCAGCUGACAAGUCUGCUGGUAAGGAAGUUAGAACUGAUAGAGAUGUUUUAAUCAUUUUAGACGUAGAAAUCUAUCCUGAGUUGCAAAAUGAAGGUUACGCCAGAGAAUUGAUCAAUCGUAUCCAAAGAUUGAGAAAGUCUGCUGGAUUAAAUACAACUGACGAUGUUAGAGUUCAAUAUGAGUUAGUCAAGGAUACAAUCGAAUUUGAAAAGGUUAUUGAAGACAAUGGAGCCAUGUUGUUAAAGACAACCAAAAGAGCAUUAACCAAGUUCACUGAAGGUGAAAGUGAAGAGAAGGUCAUUGUUGAGGAAGUCCAAUCCAUUAAUGAUACUGCCUUCAAGUUGAGGUUGUUAAAACUCUAA